AUGUCUUCUUCAGCAGCUGCAUCUCAGAAUGCAGCUACGCCCCAAAGUUCAGUAGCUGCAGCAUCGACAUCUGCCGCAGCAUCUUCCGCCGCAGCUGCGACUUCGUCAGCUGCUGGAUCCUCCGCCUCUCAAGCCUCGGCUUCAGCAUCAGCUUCAGCUUCAACAGCGGCUAGUAGUACGGCAGCCAGUGCCAGUGCAAGCGGUUCAUCAUCGGCAGCUGCUUCCCCCACAUCUGCAUCAACGUCGACAUCACAAUCCGCUUCCAGUUCAAGUUCGUCCUCAGCAACAGCGUCCACCACUGUUCUAUCGGCAGAUGUGAUAACAACCACAGGGUCAAGUGCGACUUCAUCAAGUACUAAGAGUCUAUCAGGAGGAGCAAUUGGCGGAAUCGUCGCUGGAGCGAUUGUGGGGAUAAUAGUGGUGUUUGUUUUUGCUUGGAUAUGGAAGAGGAAACGAAGGUCCAGAGGAGAGAAGGUACCCCCUCCGCCUCCGAUGAGACAUGCUCAGUCGUCUAUGUCUCGGAGUAGGCAAUCCACAAUGAUGGGCGGUGGUAUGAACCAUCAGCGUCGGACAAGUACAUAUUCAGCUUCCAUGGCACCACCUCGUCCGUCUUCGACUUUCGCUUCUCACUCCCGAUCUCCCUCAUCUCACAUCAAUUAUCCCAUUACUACUAUGGCGUCAAUGAAUCACGAUGCAUCACCUCCCAUGCCCCCUUCGACUUCGUCUACUUCUUCCGAUUCGCCGCCUCUGUCGACUGGAGCCAAUAUUCCCGCUCAUCCCUUCCCAUCUCCUGCUGCCGGCCACAAACCAACUUUGACCCCAAUAGAUACCUCUCUGUCUCGAGGAGGCUCAGCAUCAAGUGAUGAUCUCAGAGGAGGACAUAAACCCCGUCGUGUAGCUUCGAUCGAUCGACUACGUGGAGAAGGCAACCAAUCAGGAAACGGUUCAGAGCGAGCACCAUCACCUGCAUCUUCUCGUCAUCCCUCUGAAUCCGGUGUAGACUAUUCUCGAGGUAACUCACCUCAUACCUCGAUGAUCGGUUUACCUUCAUCUGGUGGACCAGGUCGGAACUCGUACCCUUCACCUAGAUCUUCGAUAGGCUAUCCCCGACCUGGAAGUAUGGCUUCGCUCGGUUCGUCAAGGUAUCUCCACGUGGGUCCCGCCGGUAGAGCACCACAUCAAGGUAGACCAAUACAACUUACCAUGCCUACUUUGUUGGGUGCGAGACCAGAUGAGAAUGGUGAUUUCUUCGGACAGACAGGUAGACUUGAUGGUGGUUAUCAAUUAGGAUUGGAUGAGAUGGGUAGGAUGAGAAGAAUGUCUAAUAGACAGUAUAAUGAGCAAGAUUAUCAACCUUCUCCAAUACAUACACGAGCACCGUCCAAUACAUCUUUAUCCAAUCGAUCAAGACAAGGUUCAGACGAAGGGAAUGUCCCUCCUAUACCUGAAUUAAGUUCAGCUCUAGGUAAUAGUGGACCACCAAGUAGGAAUCAGACGCCUACUCCUGUACCUAGACCACCACCAAAAUCGGACGUAGCGGAUCCUCAUACGGUUUUACAAAGAGAAUAA